CUCUCUGCUCUGCCAGCUCUGACAUAUUCAUACGUAUUCUGUCUCUCUCUUGCCAGCUCUGCUUUUGUUUCUUGGUUCUCCGUUAAAUGGGUUUUCCAUCAUCCUCUAUAUAAACUUCAUAGUCGAGUGAAAUUUCUCUCUCUCUCUCUCUCUCUCUGAGUGAUAUUUCUUCUUCUGAUAGAGAGAGGGAGUCAUGGCUGAGAUUGGAAGUCAUGAUGUUGUUGUGGAAGUGAAGGACACGAACUCAACACCCAAAAUCAAAGAAGAGGCAGGCUCCAGUUUCUCUCUGCCUUUCUUCCAAAAGUUGAUAGCGGAGAUGUUGGGGACCUACUUCUUGAUAUUCGCGGGUUGUGGGUCGGUGGUGGUGAACAAGAAUGAGAAGGUGGUGACGCUGCCGGGGAUAGCGAUUGUGUGGGGGCUCGUGGUGAUGGUCCUGGUUUACUGCGUCGGCCACAUCUCCGGUGCCCAUUUCAAUCCCGCCGUCACCAUUGCUUUUGCCGUCACCAGGAGAUUCCCACUGAAGCAGGUACCAGCUUAUGUAUUGGCGCAGCAACUCGGGUCGACCCUUGCGGCUGGGACACUCCGGUUGUUGUUCUCAGGGGGCCAUGACCAAUUCGCAGGGACACAGCCUUCCGGGUCGGACUUGCAAUCCUUUGUGAUCGAGUUCAUCACAACGUUCUACCUCAUGUUUGUCAUCUGUGGUGUUGCCACUGAUAGUAGAGCUAUUGGAGAGCUUGCUGGUCUUGCUGUGGGUGCAACUAUACUGCUCAAUGUGAUGUUUACUGGGCCAAUUACAGGAGGGUCGAUGAACCCCGCAAGAAGCUUGGGGCCAGCGAUUGUGUCUAACCAUUACAAAGGGAUAUGGAUAUACCUACUUGCCCCGACCAUGGGCGCGAUAUCAGGGGCUGCUGUCUACAACAUCAUCCGAUUCACCAACAAGCCUUUGCGCGAGGUUGUGCGGAGCGGCUCCUACUGAAGAUGGUUAGCCUAGUCACUUAUAAUCUGCACGGUGAUAGUGUGAGAUAGAUUGAAAUAAUGGUGCAUCAGGUCUGAUGAUAGCGAGUUACGCAUUGAAA